CCCUUUCCUACCCUACAUAUGUAUCUCCCACUCUCUAAAUUGAGUCUACCGCAGUAUACAUUGAGGGUCUAUCGACGCUACUUUGUAAACCAGUUUAUAAUUCAACACUCUCGUAGUGGGUUGGCGCCAGUCCUGAUAGGGCAGCCAGGACCCUGCUACUUUACAUAACGCUGCGACAUACUCUUGCUAUUGUUGUGGGCCGGUUGUUGUGUUGUGGUGUAGCGCCUACCAAGCUCGACCGUAAUUAAAGGUUGAAUAGAUGAACCGCAAAAUACAGCUUGGGAUCUUAUCGUGUGCACUUCGCGGUUGCGCGAAGGAGAGUGCGCUAGCUGUAUCGGAAAAUGACCUUCUAGAUCCACGGCAAAUGGCUGAGUACUGGCGACAUUCGAACGCCUGCCUGACAGAUGCUGGCGAUACAACACGAUGUGCGCGGGACGACUGGUUUGCGCUGACACCCUCUUUGACGUCGUCCAGCGUGGCAAGGUUUUCUGUUUCCCGGGUUGAGCUCGUGGUUGCAUAUUGUAGUGCGAGUCUCAAGGAGCUGGCGCUGGACAUGGCAUUGAUCCAAGCAGACCCAUAUUUGAAGCUGAAAAGAGUUACCAUAUAUAGCAAGUGUGGUGUCACUGUAAACGAGUUAUCCGAGAUGGCUCGGCAGACUGCCACACCAGUUCGUCUGAUCCACCUGUCAAACGUGGGAAGAUGUGAUCACACUUAUGCCCAUCAUUUAGCGACACAUUACGACAGGUUCGAAGACACGGACGUCAUCGUCUUUGUCAAGGACUCGCACAUUGCACACAGCAGGGGCCGCACCAAGGUUUCCUUGGCACAGCUUGUCCGCCAUGCGACGGAGCAUCCAGUCGGGUUUGCGUGUGGGCGAUAUAUGUUUCCAAAGCGGCGUGGUCUACACUUCACAAAUGUGGCCGUUUGGCCUGACAUGAUGUGGAUGAAAAUGACAGCAUAUAAACAUGCCUGGGACCAACACACGCGCCUCAGAGAAAAGGAAAUCCAAUCAGGUGCAAAUGCUUCUGUGAUGGACGACACUACUACGGUGUCUUUUGAGGCACCUGAUGCAAACCUAGGUCGAUGGAUUCUCCGCCUGUUUGUGAGGGCUCUCAACGAGGAGGAGCUUUAUGUCAAGGCCAAUGCACCGCAAUUUGACCUAGCCACACUCGUACGAUCUCCAGUCGCACGUGUAUGCCUUGGUGGCGUCUUUGCUGCAAAGACCGUCAAUGUGCGAUCUAUGCCCCGGGCUCUUUGGAACCAGCUAGCUCAGAUCCUCAGCCGUGGUGACAACAUUGAAGAGGGACAUUUUGCUGAACGAUCUUGGGCAAUGCUCCUUUCGCCUCCGCCAACCGAAGCUGAGCAAUCUCAUGUUCUUUGCCACCACUUUUGGCGAGGUCGCGCGCCUCAUACCCGCGGCAUUGUGUCCCCGCAUUGUAACUGCCUCAAGCGCUUUUCCAGAGAAAUGGGAAAAGCGUCAACGAGCAGCUGCAACGCGACAAAGGUUAAUGCCUUUGAUCAUCUCGAGGGAGGGAAUCGUCUUAACGAGCUUGUUGCCCGAAUCUCACAGAUUGCUGCGAUGUCACUAUCGACUGUCCAAUGACCUUGCCAGCGAGUGACUGGAGCUCACGUCCUGGAGGUCACGACUCACGAUCAAGACUUGGAAUCUUAUACAUGCAUGCAUGCUGGUGGCCGGGACACUACCGUGGUAGUGGGGCUGAGCCGCCUAAGGCUGACGUUGCGCAGGAGAAAGGCCUUCUUUAAGAGCAGCAGCGAGCAGGCGUGGGAAGACAGUCAUGGUCCAUAAAAGUCGUCAUGUCUAUAGGUCUUUAAUAAAUCUUGUUGUUUCAUGCGUAAAAUGAUGUUCCCA